AUGCCGCGGGGCCUUCUGCAAGAAGCCGUAUGUCAUCAUCCUGGUGCUUCUCGCAAAGAGGAGCUGCAGGAGGAGCUCGCAGCAUGCGGGAAGUCGCCUCGCAGCCGAAGGCCUUGCUGCUGUGCUUUGUUCAGUGAACGCUGCCCGAAGGCAGCAUUUGAUACGUGGGCGGUCAAGGUAUGCCCGCUCAGCCUUGACUAUCCUGCUAACACAGCAACAGCACGACACUGCAAAACAUUGCAGUCUUCUUUUUCUGCUUCGAACAACGGUGGUAAACAGAUACGCCAUUCGGCGGCAGCGGCAGCAGCUGUGGCAGUGGCACUCGUAGUCGAAGUCGCAUCAUCACUAGCAGCAGCAGCAGCGGCAGCAGCAGGAAGCAGCAGUCGUAGUAGCAGCAGCAGCCGCAGCAGCAGCAGCACCAGCAGCAGGACCAGCAGCAGCAGCAGUAGCAGUAACAGUCGCAAGGGCCGCGGCCGCGGUCGCGGAUGCCGCGGCGGCGGUGGUGGCGGUGAUGGGCGGUGGCGGUGGCAGUAG